AUGCGACUACUUAUCGUACUCGCUCUCUUGGGGGCGGUUUUCGCCGAAGAAGCAUGGAAAGCCGCUAACGUUGACCGAACCAUUGAUGCCACAACGCAAAUUGUGAAAAUCUCGACACUUUACUCAUUCGAGAACGUCGGCACCGGACCACAGAGCAAAGUUUUGGUAAGUUCUGCAAUUUUGCGACAAAACUCAAAAAUUUUUCUGUAUCCAGAUUGCUCUCUCCAAAGACGAAGCUACCGGUCUCUCGCACAUCACCGCCGGCAUCGAUGGCACAAAAGGAAAGCUGAAGGUGACUGAGAAGCCCGCCGAGAAAGAUCUGACCUUCUACGAAGUGGAUCUCCGUACCCCGAUCGCCAAAGGAGCCAAGGUGGCGAUUCGUGUGAACCUGAAGGUUACCCAAGUCCUCGAGCCCCUUCCAGCCAAGAUUCCACAAUCUGAAAGCCAGUUCGUCGUCCUUCACACUUCCGCCUACGUUCCAUCGCGUUAUGAAGUGGUCUCCCAGAAGACUGUCGUCCGCACUACUCAAGGCGGAAAACUGCUUUCGAGCACAACCGUGAAUCCAACGAAGCAGGAAACCGAGCGAGUAACCUAUGGACCGUACGCGAACAUCGCUGCUUUCGAGGCGAAACCAAUCAAAGUCCAUUUCGAGAACAAUUCUCCAUUCGUUGUCGCCACUCUCGUUGAGAGACUGAUCGAGGUGUCCCACUGGGGAAACAUUGCCGUUGAGGAGUACAUUGAGCUUGUGCACAAAGGCGCUGAGCUCGACGGACCGUUCUCCAGAAUCGACUACCAAAUGGAUCGCCGUGGCCGCCGAAUGCCCGCUCUUCAAACGUUCACGACUAUCCUUCCGGCUCAGGCCAAGGACAUCUACUACCGUGACGAGAUCGGCAACAUCUCGACGUCGGCGGUCAGAAUCCGUGCCGACAGUGUCGACGUCGAAAUCCGUCCGAGAUUCCCGUUGUUCGGAGGAUGGAAGACUUCCUACGUGAUCGGAUACAAUCUGCCGUCGGAGGACUAUUUGUACGUGAAGGGCAAUCAAUACGCUUUGAAGACCAAGCUUUUUGAUCACGUUUUCAAUGACAUCGUCGUGGAGAAGCUGAGAACGAAGGUGCUGCUUCCAGAGCAUGUUCGGUAAGGUUUUACCAGGUUUCGGAACAUUUUCCAAUAAAAAUUAUUUGCAGACGCGUCAAAGUGGUGACCCCGUUCGUUGUGGACAGAAGACCCGACGAGUUAAAGCCCACUUACCUGGAUACCACCGGCCGUUUGGUGAUUGUCAUCGAAAAGGAUAAUGUGGUGCCGGAUCACAGCCAAUUCUUCACCGUCUCCUACGAAUUCAACCACACCGACAUGCUCCGCGAGCCGCUUUUGGCCUCUGCGUUCUUCCUGGUCAUCUUCUUGGCCAUCAUCGUUUACGCUAGAUUCGAUUUUACUAUUUCUAAGGUUAGCUAUCUAAAUACUCAAAUUUUCAUCAAAAAAUGGUUGUUGUUCUUCCAGGAUCCAGUGAAAGAAGCCGAAGAACGAGCUCAACAAAGCGUCGGAAUCCUGUCGCAGUUUGUUGAUGCCAAACAAGCCGCCUAUAACGCGCUCAUCGACGCCGCCCAGCAAUACAAGUCGAACAAGGACGAGGCGGCCCUUCAGGAGGCCAAGCAGACGUUCGUCGCCACUAGAAAUGGAAUCAACGCGAAUAUCACGAAGAAGGGCGACAAGCUGAAAACUUCGGAUGAAACUGUCGCCGAGAAGGCCCUGGAGCUUCUGAAGAGCGACAAAACCGCAUUUGAAGGAGUGGAGAGCUAUCUGAAGGCCGUGGAGAAAAGCACGUCGAAAACAGCUGGACCUGACGAGCAGACAUUCCUGAACAAGGUCAAGGAGUCGCGCCUCCGAGCGGACAACAUUCUGUCAUCGAUUUUCAGCCAGUAA